GACAGACAGAGAAGUUCUCUCUCCCUCUCAGACUGUCCAUAUCAUUGACUACUACCAAGGCAGUCUGUCCAUAUCUCUACUCAAGCUCUCUUAAUCUCUGUCUUUCCUGACAUUGUUUUUUUGCCCUUCUCUCUAAAAAGGUGGGAAGGUGUUCAUUCAUUCCUAAUUUUCUUUUGCUCUUUAGAAUAUUUUUGGACCCACUUAUUCCCUCCGGAUACAACUUUCCUCUUUGCUUUUCAGUUAUUUUUGUUUUGUUUCUCAUAUUUAUUUAUUUUUAUUUUUUUCCCUUUUGGAUUCCCCUCUCCACAUUUUGCUCCUGAAUUCUCUGUCGGCAUUUUUCUUUCGCCUUGUCCCUGUCUCCUGUUGGCCCCUUUCUGUUCCUGUCUCUCUGGCUAUGCACCAUGCUCUCUUCUCCUACUGUGAUACUGCAGCCCUACGGACUGCCUGUGUACCCUCAAACUGCUUCCUGCUACCCCGGCAUCGUUCAGGGUGCCCCAGCUCAGGAGGCGGGGCCAGGCAGUGGUGAUCCGGCCCUCCCACAGGUGUAUGCCCCGCCUCCAUCCUACCCUCCACCGGGACAAGCCCCACCCACACCUGCUGGCCGACUGCCACCUCUAGACUUCAGUCCCGCCCACCCCGGUGCAGACUAUCAAGACCAUCACCAGCUGAGGGUCUAUCAGAGCUCCCAACAUGAGGGGGCGGAAAGUUUAGCAGCAAGUAGCACGGACGACUCACUGGCCCCUGUGACCUCUGACCCACAGUCUCUCAGCGUGUCUGUGUCGUCAGGAGGUGGGGCAGGGAGUGGCGGGGAGGAGGAAGGGUCGGGCAAGGCUCAGCCAAAGAGACUCCACGUUUCCAACAUCCCAUUCAGGUUCCGGGACCCCGACCUCCGGCAGAUGUUCGGGCAAUUUGGCAAGAUUCUGGAUGUGGAAAUUAUCUUCAAUGAAAGAGGAUCAAAGGGUUUUGGCUUUGUGACUUUUGAGAGUGCUAUGGAGGCAGACAGAGCCAGAGAGAAGCUGAAUGGGACAAUUGUGGAGGGGAGGAAGAUAGAGGUGAACAACGCCACAGCGAGGGUAGUCACUAAGAAGCCACAGACUCCCCUUGUAAAUGCGGCUGGAUGGAAGAUUAAUCCAGUAAUGGGAGCAAUGUAUGCACCUGAACUGUACACAGUUGCCAGUUUUCCCUACCCUGUUGCCACACCCACCUUAGCUUACAGGGGCUCUGCUCUCCGGGGGCGUGGCCGAGCUGUCUACAACACCAUUCGCUCAGCCGCAGCAGCCACGCCCACAGCUGUCCCCGCCUACCCUGGUGUCGUCUAUCAAGAUGGUUUAUAUGGAGCAGAGGUAUAUGGAGGAUAUCCAGCAGCAUACCGAGUGGCUCAGUCGGCUUCAGCUGCUACAGCGGCGUACAGCGACGGAUAUGGCAGGGUGUACGCCACUGCUGCAGACCCUUACCAUCAUUCAGUGGGACCGACUGCUACUUAUGGAGUUGGAACGAUGGCAAGUCUGUACAGAGGAGGAUACAACCGCUUCACGCCCUACUGAGUCAUGAGGGAAGCUUCUCUGACUUCACUCUCUGAUGGGGAAAUGGUGAUACCAUGACAUCACAGGACAGGUUUGACACCAAGACCAGGAAACAUAUCACUCCCUGUUUCAAAUGCUGCCCCUCAAAAGACUUUUGAUAUCAGCUGUAAAUAUUGUAGGAAUUAUUGAAUAUUUAUUUAAGCUGAAAACUGUCACAAAGGGUGAUUUAAUUUAAAUGCAUUUAUUUGAUUUUAUUUUUUAUAGAUAAAAUCGGUGUUGAUUGUGCUGCUCCAAAAUGUGUACGGCAAAUGGGAAAUUCAUAUGUAAGAAAAGCUAAAGGUUCAAAAUAUUUGUCUUAGUUGCAUCAUCUGGUUAUCUGGUUGAUGAUGUCAUAGCUGACAUAUUGGUCCCAGACAUCAUGCAAAACAUAUAGGGAAAUGCAGAAUAAUGUAGAGAAUCUUGAUCGAGUUGCAGUACCAUACCUCAGUGGCACAAUAAACAUAAUACAGCUAUAAAAUUAUUUUUCUAUGAUUUUAUAGAUGUAUGACUGUAUCCUAGAGUUAACAGUGUGUAAUUACAGUGUGCAAUAAUGUUCUAUGGUGUGCGGGAACCUGCUGUUGAUGUGAUUGCAGUCCAUUCUGAAAAUUUAGUGUACAGUGUUUGAGGGUAUGUGUGUAUAUGUACGUGUAUGGGAGAGUAUGUUAUCACUGCAUAAUUAACAAAAGCACAAAUGUGUGAGAGACAGCAAUGGCAUUCACCGCAUAAAUACGCAGUAACUCUUAGAAAUGCUUCUGUGAAAAAGGUGUGAUUUCGCUUUUCAACCUUGUUCCACUGUUUAACAAUCUACCUCUGAUUCAGUUUUUUUUACGCAUUUAAUUUUCAAUCCAGAGAGCCAAUCAUUUUUACCCAAAUACAAAAAAAACUAAUGGAAAAAAAUCAAUUUGCUGCACAUUAUAGUUCUAUUCUAUAUGUAUUGUUAAGCUUGAUCUAAUAUGUAGUUUUUCACCAAUUUCCUACUCCUAACCCAUCUAUAUGUUGCUCUGUCAUUCUAUUUCUCUGGCUUUUGCAUUUUGAACUUGUGGUAACGCUGCUCAACUUGUCUUCUACCUUUUUCCUCCUUUCACUCCAUACCUUUUUAAAUUU